UUUAAUCUUUCAAAAAUAUAUUUGGUGAUAGUAGAGUUGUUGCUUUUGUAUUGGUGUUGUUGUCAUGAUAAAAUAUGAAUAAUUGUCUUCUUAGAGCAGCCCGGGUUUGUAGGCGAAUACCCCCGUGUUGCAGAUACCCUCAGUGUUCCUGUGCAGGGUUUUUUUUUUCCCACAUUCAUUUAACGCCGCAUCGUUAGGUCCAAUGGUUCGAAGGGAUUCAUGCAGCCAGCCAGUCAGGGCGCUUCUACGGAAAUUCCGUUGGGUCAAAUCAAUGUUAAACCCUUCGCGAGCUGAGACCUCUACAGUCUGACAUCGUUCCAAUGUCGAGAUAAUGGCGAAAAUGGGGCCGCUGUUUAAGUCAACGCAAUGAGGUGGUGCAUCUGUCGACUGGCGUUGAAGUGUGCCGAUGGUCGAGCGCGACGGGCAGUUUGAUGAUCAGAGGCGACGGCGACGGAGAACGUGUUCAGGUGGCGGCUCCAAGGAGACUGCUGUGAUGCUACGUAGGCAACUGGAAGAAAAGGGCUUUUCUACCAUGAGAGAGUGUGUGUGAGCCCGGGGUUUUGUCUUCUUUUUCCUGGAGACACGGGCGCUCUACGGACUCGGUUUUCUUUUGUUGUUGUUUCGGUUUAAUUCAUUUUUUGGAAUUGACUCGACUGGCUCGUGAGUUGUUUCCGCCGUGGAGGAUAAAGCGGGGAUACCGAGCGAGCUGGUGAAGUUGUGGGGAAUGGCAGGUCGAAGCCGAAGAGCCUGGUUUAGUGUUCUGCUGGGACUGGUGCUCGGGUUCACCCUGGCUUCCAGACUCAUUUUGCCCAAGGCGACCGAGUUGAAGACAGCCGGACAGAAGCGGAGAGCCGGCGCCGCCGGCUGUGGGCUGAACGGCGCGCUCGGGCUCGGGAGCGAACGCGGCGGCGGCGGCGGCGCGCCAUGGCCAGCGCGAGAUAACGGUCCGCCGGCGACGGAGGAACCCGGCUCCCGCUCCAACGACUUCCUGUUCGUCGGCGUCAUGACUGCCCAGAAGUACCUGAACAGCCGGGCCGUGGCGGCGCACAGGACCUGGGCACAGACGGUUCCAGGCGACGUGGAGUUCUUCUCCAGUGAGGGCUCUGACACCUCCAUACCCAUCCCCAUCGUGGCUCUGCGGAAUGUGGAUGACUCAUACCCACCCCAGAAGAAGUCCUUCAUGAUGCUUAAGUACAUGCACGACCAUUACCUGGACAGGUACGAGUGGUUCAUGAGGGCCGACGACGACGUCUACAUUAAGAGCGAGAAGCUGGAGAGCUUCCUGCGCAGCCUCAACAGCAGCGAGGCCAUUUUCCUCGGCCAAACGGGCAUGGGGGCCCGGGACGAGCUGGGGAAACUGGCACUGGAGCCUGGGGAGAACUUCUGCAUGGGGGGGCCUGGGGUCAUCAUGAGCCGCGAGGUCCUCAGGCGGAUGGUGCCCCACAUCCGGGAGUGUCUACAGGAGAUGUACACUACCCAUGAAGACGUGGAGGUAGGGCGAUGUGUCAGGAGGUUCGCAGGGGUCCAGUGUGUCUGGUCCUAUGAGAUGCAGCAGCUGUUCUAUGAGAACUACGAACCAAACAAGAAGGGCUACAUACGAGAUCUCCACAACAGCAAGAUCCAUCGAGCCAUCACCCUCCACCCCAACAAGAACCCUCCUUACCAGUAUCGCCUACACAGCUACAUGCUCAGCCGCAAGAUCGCAGACCUGCGCCACCGAACCAUUGAGCUCCACCGGGAGAUCGUCCAGAUGGGACGAUACGGAGCGGCUGAGCCCAGCCGAGACGACCUCCAGCUUGGCAUGCCGCCCUCAUUUAUGCGCUUCCACCCGCGACAGAGAGAAGAGGUCCUGGAGUGGGAGUUCCUGACAGGGAAGUACCUGUACUCAGCAUCUGACGGUCAGCCGCCCCGCCGCGGGAUGGAUUCCUCCCAGAGGCAGGCCUUGGAUGACAUCAUCAUGCAAGUGAUGGAGAUGAUAAACGCAAAUGCCAAGACACGCGGCCGGGUCAUUGAUUUCAAAGAAAUCCAAUAUGGCUAUCGGAGGGUCAACCCUUUAUAUGGGGCAGAGUACGUGCUGGACCUGCUCCUGCUGUACAAGAAGCACAAAGGAAAGACCAUGACGGUUCCUGUGAGGAGGCACGCCUACCUGCAGCAGACCUUCAGCCAGAUGCAGUUCAGAGAGGAGGAGGAGAUGGAUGCCCGAGCUCUGGCCAGCCACAUUAACAAGGAGUCCGACUCCCUCUCAUUUCUGUCGAACUCCCUCAAGAUGCUGGUGCCCUUUAAGCUGGCCACCUCUGGCCAGGACCAGAGGGAACCCAAAGAGAAGAAAGUCAACAUCCUGGUGCCUCUGUCGGGACGCUAUGACAUCUUUGUGCGCUUCAUGGUCAACUUUGAAAGAGUUUGUCUGAUCCCCAACCAGAACGUCAAGCUGCUGAUCCUGCUCUUCAGCACAGACAACAACACAGAGCGGGUGAAGCAAGUGGAGCUCAUGAGGGAGUAUCACAUGAAGUAUCCGCGGGCCGAGAUGGAGAUAAAACCCGUCACCGGCUCCUUCUCCAGGGCUCUGGCUUUGGAGGUGGGUUCCUUACAUUUCUCCAAUGAUUCUCUGCUCUUCUACUGUGACGUGGAUCUACUCUUCACCAGCGACUUUCUCAAGCGCUGUCGGGCCAACACCGCCCUGGGGGGGCAGUCCUACUUCCCCAUCAUCUUCAGCCAGUACGAUCCCAAGGUGGUGUACGCUGGGAAGGUCCCGAGCAACAACCACUACGUCUUCACCUCCAAGACGGGCCUGUGGAGGAACUACGGCUUUGGGAUCGUUUGCGUCUACAAGGGAGACUUGGUCACAGCUGGAGGCUUUGAUACCUCUAUACAGGGGUGGGGAUUGGAGGACGUGGACCUUUUUAAUAAAUUUGUCCAGUCAGGGAUUAAGUUGUUCAGAAGUACGGACACGGGGAUAGUACACGUCCACCACCAGGUCGUAUGUGAUCCCAACCUGGAGGCGAAGCAAUACAAGAUGUGCCUGGGCUCCAAAGCCUCAUCACACGGCUCCACCCAGCAGCUGGCCGAGCUCUGGCUGGAGAAGAACGACCUUGGCUUUAGGAGACUGGCCAGUAAUAACGGCUCGGUUAGGACAGUGUGAAGAAAGCCGGGCUGUCUUAUAAACUUGACGUGAACCUUCUCUGUGCUCCCUUUCUCCUCUUAGUGGUGUUUUCACUACCUAAUUUAUUUUUUACUGAAAUGAAAAGACUCAACGUGGAUAUCUUUUGAGAUUUAUUUUUUUUGAUUUUUUUUUUAAGAAAAUGAACAGAAACGCCACGACGAACAUUUCUAGAGGCUGUCUGGGACCUUAUAUGUGUGUUUUGAUUGAUGGUUGAAGGAAUAUUAACCAAUAUUCUGGUGUGCACCUGAUCACACAGGGGGCCAGAGGUUCCUCCAGCCUGUUAAAUAUUAUCUGUCAGGGCAGCAGGAGACAGGGGGGGGCAGGGAUCAUGCUUGUGUACCUCAGUGAAGUACACCGCCAGAGCGUUAAAUAUUUCAUCUGUCUUGUCCGCAGAAAACAGAUGAACGUGUGUCCAUGUACUUUCAGACCAGCAGUGCUCAAAACAUAACUCAACUCUUGAUUGUGAAUGUUUACAAAAGACUGAUUCCAAACAUUUCACCAAUGAAAAGUCCAUUUACAGCGAUCUGAGUGAUUACCGAGGGCCAUUGAAUUAGAUAACUUAAGAUUUACAGUCGUUUUCUCUUUUGUUUUGCUUUAACCGUUUUGUUAAUACAACAUAACACUGUUACCGUUUUUGUAUUUUUCUUUUACUAUUAAUUUCUGUGAACCCAACUGCUGGAUUUGAUAUCUACAAUUCAUCUUUUGCUGUCUAAUUUAUUGAAUUUGCAGGCUCCAUUUUCUACUUUCUGGCUGUUUGAAUAUGUAUAUUGGAAAGAUUGUAUAACCAGUUGUGGGAUAGUUUUUAUUCAUGUUUAUUUUCUUUAACUCAUUAUCACCAAAGAGUUUUGCACAGUCUACUUUAGGUAUCAUGGUGCGUGCGUGCGUGCGUGCGUGCGUGCGUGCGUGCGUGCGUGUGCGUGUGCGUGUGUGAGUGAGUGUUUUGCAGGCACAAACAUGAAACUGGCUGUAUAAUUGAGUAAACACAAAAGCUUUUUCAAUCCCCGGCCUCUCUGGUGGUUCUGAUGGGUGAGGCUGGAACCAGACUGGCUUUCAUUCCAGCAGGUUGAAAUGGGAGCAGCGCUCUGGUUGGCCAGGUCAAGUCACACAUCGCUGUCUCUUUCUAUAAAUGACGUUCUUUUAUUUUGAAAUAACAAUAAUAAUAAUAAUGAUAAAAAGAAACAUGUUGUGGCUGGUCCCAGUCUACAGAGGUGUGAUGUCAGUGCUGAUUCCACUGAGCUGUGAUGUGAAAACCCGCGGUCUGGUCCUGUUUUGCAGGUUUGAGGGCAAUGACAUUUCCUCGUUCAUGCCUGUGUUGCUUACAUGCAGGUACUGCACCGUACAUUGUAGCACUCCAUCGGAUGAAUGCUCCUCUUUCAGCAGUGCAACAAGAAGGAUGACUGAUUUUUUAAAACUGACGUUAACAGGAUCAUCUUAGAAUUUUUUUUAUUUUUUUUUUUAUUUCUUUGACUUUUAUAAUAUUUGUUCUUUCAAACCUGUCCAACUGGACGAUGUUUUCUAUUUAAGAAAUAAAAUGGGGGGAAACGUAUGAAAA